CGCGAUCCAGGUUGGGGAGGCGGAGAAGCAGCGGGAGCGCGACAGCCGCGGCAGCCACUCUGCAGCCGCCCGACGGAGGCGCGGUCCCUAGGCCCUGGUGCCCGGGCGGGCCCCUGGGGGAGUGGGCGCCGCGCUCGGAGAGCCACCAGGCUCGCCCCAGCCCGGCGUGGGGGGCGCAGAGGAUUUCUCUGGUGAUCUUGAAAGAGCCCGUAUCAUGGAAUCGAUCUCUAUGAUGGGAAGCCCUAAGAACCUUAGCGAAACUUUUUUGCCAAAUGGCAUAAAUGGUAUCAAAGAUGCAAGGAAGGUCACUGUGGGUGUAAUUGGAAGUGGGGAUUUUGCCAAAUCGCUGACGAUUCGACUUAUAAGGUGUGGCUAUCAUGUGGUUAUAGGAAGUAGAAAUCCCAAGUUUGCUUCCGAAUUUUUCCCUCAUGUGGUUGAUGUCACUCAUCAUGAAGAUGCUCUCACAAAAACAAAUAUAAUAUUUGUUGCUAUACAUAGAGAACAUUACACCUCCCUUUGGGACCUGAGACAUCUGCUUGUGGGUAAAAUCCUGAUUGAUGUGAGCAAUAACAUGAGGAUAAACCAAUACCCAGAAUCCAAUGCUGAAUAUUUGGCUUCAUUAUUCCCGGAUUCCCUGAUUGUCAAAGGCUUUAAUGUUGUCUCGGCUUGGGCACUUCAGUUAGGACCUAAGGAUGCCAGCCGGCAGGUCUAUAUAUGCAGCAACAAUAUUCAAGCUCGACAACAGGUUAUUGAACUUGCCCGUCAGCUGAGUUUCAUUCCUGUUGACUUGGGAUCAUUAUCAUCAGCCAGGGAGAUUGAAAAUUUACCCCUGCGACUCUUUACUCUCUGGAGAGGGCCAGUGGUGGUCGCCAUAAGCCUAGCCACAUUUUUCUUUCUUUAUUCCUUCGUCAGAGAUGUGAUACAUCCAUAUGCUAGAAACCAGCAGAGUGAUUUUUACAAGAUUCCUAUUGAGAUUGUGAAUAAAACCUUGCCCAUAGUUGCCAUUACUUUGCUGUCCCUGGUAUACCUAGCAGGUCUCCUGGGAGCUGCUUAUCAGCUUUAUUAUGGCACCAAGUAUAGGAAAUUUCCGCCUUGGUUGGAGACCUGGUUACAGUGCAGAAAGCAGCUUGGAUUACUAAGUUUUUUCUUCGCUUCGGUCCAUGUUGCCUACAGCCUCUGCUUACCAAUGAGAAGGUCAGAGAGAUACUUGUUUCUCAACAUGGCUUAUCAGCAGGUUCAUGCAAAUAUUGAAAACUCUUGGAACGAGGAAGAAGUUUGGAGAAUUGAAAUGUAUAUCUCCUUUGGCAUAAUGAGCCUUGGCUUACUGUCCCUCCUGGCAGUCACCUCUAUCCCGUCAGUGAGCAAUGCUUUAAACUGGAGGGAAUUCAGUUUUAUUCAGUCUACACUUGGAUAUGUCGCUCUGCUCAUAAGUACUUUCCAUGUUUUAAUUUAUGGAUGGAAACGAGCUUUUGAAGAAGAGUACUACCGGUUUUACACCCCACCAAACUUCGUUCUUGCUCUUGUUUUGCCCUCAAUUGUAAUUCUGGGUAAGAUCAUUUUACUCCUUCCAUGUGUAAGCCGAAAGCUAAAGAGAAUUAAAAAAGGUUGGGAAAAGAGCCAAUUUCUAGAAGAAGGUAUUGGAGGAGCAGUCCCUCAUCUCUCACCGGAGAGGGUUACAGUAAUGUGAUGAUAAAUGGUGCUCAUUGAUGCCAUGUAGAGUUCCACUCAUGCCAUUGUUUUUAUGACUUUCUUUAUGUCAUUUGCAAGUGCACUGUCAAAUUGAUGUGGGCUGAAAUCUGUCUAGUAAGAUCUCAACCAAAUUAGUGGUAGGAGUUUCUUGAAAUUAAUUUUCACAGAUGUCAUAUUUUGGCAAUGUGAAUUUUUGUUGUCAACUUGUCCAUUUUGUUUUGCACAACCAUAACACUCCUGUCGUUUUAACAAACUGUAUUCCAUAAUCAGGCAAAGAUAUUUCUGGUUAAUAAUAUAGAUACAACAUAAUGU